AUGUCUGUGAUAGCAGUCCCACAUUUACGAAAGAAUCUGCAGUUAUACGUGUAUCACAGGCCAGUACCUGGUGUUACGAAAGUUGCUUAUUAUGUCAGAAAAAGUAGACCAGGUGUGGUAGCCUUAACUUAUGAUGAUGGACCAAGUAAAUUCACGCCAAAACUUUUGCAAACAUUAAAAUCCAAAGGGAUAAAAGCGACUUUUUUUGUAUUAGGGGUAUCGAUAAAAAAAGAUGGAGGAGUUAAUACUUUAAAAGCCGUUUAUGAUGCAGGACAUCAAAUUGCUUUGCAUACAAAUACACAUCCACAUUUGAAUACUUUGUCGCAAGCGGAUCAAAUAGCAGAGAUGAAGCAGGACCAGCAAAAUGUUUAUGAUGCUAUUGGAGUUACUCCUUUUUAUAUGCGACCACCAUUUGGUGAGUGCGCUGAUGUAUGCCGCAAAACUAUGCAAUCCCUGAAUUACACAAUCGUAUUGUGGAACAUUGAUUCAAAUGAUUGGCGACUUGGACCAGAACCUGGAAAUAAACAACCACAAACGACUAUCCACUUUACAAAUAUCUAUGGUCCAAUCUCAAGAGCCAAUCCCAAAACCGAUAGUUUUAUUAUUCUUCAGCAUGAUACAGACGAAACAUCCGUGAAUAUAGCACCAAAUGUAAUUGAUGCCAUUAAAGACAAAGGAUUCACAUUCGAUACCGUUGCUGGUUGCAUUGGUAAUAAUCCACCGCCUAACGAGAAUACAAACACUUCUAGCAUAGGAAAUCCGUCUACCGCUACUAAUCACAUUUCAUCUGCAUCUAGCCUAAUCAAAGAUUCAAUAACACCUGCG